AUGGAGUUCUUCAACUCUCCCUCCUUCUCCUCUCACGCAGAGGAGCUCAUAAAAAAGUAUCAUGUGCCUGGCUUGGCCAUUGCCAUCUCCCACAAGGACAGCACCGCCUCCAAGGCUUUUGGCGUGGCCUCGUUCGAGCCAUUGAAACCAAUGACUACCGACACUCUCUUUGACAUUGCAUCUGCAUCCAAAUCUCUCACCGCUGCAUCAGUCGCCCUACUAGUCCAUGAUGAAAAGUAUCCUGAUGUGCAGUAUGAGGCUGAAAUGACCCAGCUACUUCCAGAUGACUUUGUAAUGCCCGGUGAAGGCUACGAAGGUGUGACACUGGAGGACACAUUGAGUCACCGCACCGGGUUGGCAUCUAAUGAUAAUUCAUACCUUGGGCCUCGGUCCAAAAAUACGGAUACGGCGAAGUCCGUAACCCGUAACAUUCGAAAUCUCGAAACUGCGGCCCCAAUUCGUUCCAAGUUCAUUUACUGCAACAUGAUGUUCACUGUGGCAACACAUCUCGUAGAGCAAAAGACCGGGCUCAGUUUUGCCGAUUUUGUUGAUCAACGAUUUUUCCAACCGCUCGACAUGACUUCUACCAACUUACAGCCAGAACGUGCGCGAGCAAAGGGACUUGGAGACCGUUUAACGCCUGGACACUGGUGGGAUAAAAGGGCCGAAAAGUACUCAACUUUUACUACGCCAGAUGCACCUGAGGCACAAGGAGCCGGCUCGGUGGUAACUAGUGUUGAUGACUACCUGAAAUAUGUCAAGGCUCUGAUGAACAAAGAGGCACCGUUUACGGAGGAGAUUUACAACGGAAUCAUACGACCACGUAUAAUCGUUAGCCCUGGUGAGAAAUUGAAACCAUUCUCAGCUCCGAUUUUAUACGCAGCUGGCUGGGAAGUCCAUCACUAUCGAGGCUACAUGAUCAUUACCCAUGAUGGCUGCAUAUCCGGCUCAUCCACCAGUCAUUUCUUCGUGCCCGAUCUUAAAUUCGCGGGAACCAUGUUUGGUAACUGCGACAAUGCCUCGUUUGUUGCCGAAAUCUUGAUGCAAGAGCUGCUCGACGACAUAUUGGGCCUGUCUCAGGAAGAGAGACCCAACUGGGACAAGGUUCUCUACGAACUGUAUAGGGAGAAAAAGUACGAAGACUAUGGCACGGACGCUGAGAUUGACAGCGAAGCAAAGAAUUUGGAGGAGGAACGGCAAAAGAUUUGUCCUGGAAUCAAAGAGUCUGAACCUCAAAAGAUGCCGCUGAGUGCGUAUACCGGUAGUUAUUACAACCCGGGCUGGCGAGGUCUCAAUGUGGUGAUUAAGGAUGGUCAUUUGUUUGUUGACUGCACGGAUCGAUCUUACGUCUUCAAUCUGACAUUCCAUCACGUAUGCGAGCAGACCAAAUAUAUUGCUUUGUAUAGGGAAGUGAGCCAAGGGCCAAACUACCCGAUGAGGGCUGAGUUUAGGUUUCAAAAUGAUGUUGCGGUUAAACUUGGGAUUAUGUUCGAUGAGGAUCUGGAAGACCAUAUUUGGUUCGAUAGAGUGGGCUCGGAAGAGUCUCAAGAUAUGGCUGCGCGUUCUGCAAAGGCGGAAUGA